AUGUGUGCACACCUCGACCCAGAGAAGGACCUCGAGGCGAAGGGGUUCGACUCGGUCGCCGCGUCGGCGUCGGCGGGCGGGCUGCGCGCGCCCGAGUUCGUGCUGCACCGCACCGAGCGCGUCGUGCCGCGCUACGUGCUCGCGGAGCGCACGCUGCUCAAGGAGCUUGUCGCGGGCGGCACGCGGGUGGCGCGGCGCGAGACUGGCGGCUGGAGCUCGUGGGGCGGGUCGGCCCUCUCUGGCGAGAGGCUGGUGGUUGACGCUGAGCGGGCGGCUCUCGUGCGUGCGCUGCUCGGCCAGCCGGAGCCGCCCACUUCCCUCUGCGACUGCUUUGGCGCCGAGCGGGGUGCGUCGGCGAGAGCGGUGGCGUCGUCGCUUUGCGACUGCGCAGAGGCGCGCGCCUCCUGCUCCUCCUUCCUCAGCGGCCCCCCGAUCGAGGUCGUCCUCAAGCUAGCUUGCGUCCCGCUCGCCCUCCCGCUCGCCCUCGCGCUGUUGCUGCUUUGGCGCGUCCUGCCCGCGGCGGCGCGGCUGGCCGGAUCGGUGCUGCUCGCCGCCUGCCGCGCGGUGCACGCCGGCUGGGUGUCCGCCGUCGAGUGGGUCGCCACGCACUGCAAGCGCUGCGUCUACGCGCUGGCGCUCGGCGUGCACGCGAGCCACGCCGUGUGCGUCGGCGCCCGCGGCGCUUGCCGCGGCGCCGUGGCGCUCGACGCGCUGGUUACCGAGGCCGUCUGGCUCCCCCUCGAGGCUUGCGCGCGGCUCGCGUCGCACUUGCUCGGAGGGUGCGCGGCGGCGACGCAGCGCGCGUUCGCCUCUGCGGGCGACGCGCUGCUACGGCUCGUCGCGGCUUGCUGCCGUUUGCUCGGCCACGCGAUUUCCGCGUUCUGCUCCGCGCUGAGCAUGAUUUUCGACGCGGCGGCGCCGCUCGUCUCCGCUUUUGUGAGCGCGGUCUCCUUUCGCAUGCGCCACGUCGCCGCGGCGCUCUCGCCGGCUAAGCGACCGUGUAGAACGUAA